AUGCCAGUAACCAAGUCUCUAGAUGUCAAUCUCUCAACAACCAGUGCUACAAGCACUCCAUCGUCACCAAGCAGAUCUCUCACCGUGAACUGCUCCACCAAAAUUCCUUCUCAUGUUUUACAUUCUGUGAGCAACAUACAAACAUCACCUAGUAAUGGACAGUCAGCUGACAAAUCGAGCAGUGCACACUAUACGCCGUUCAACACCUCACUUGUCUUCCCUUCUAAUACAAAUACCGGCUUCAAUUCGAUGGAUUUGUUAAAUAAAUCCUAUGCGUUCUUCUUCGCAUCCUUUGAAAAACAAUGGACACAAAAGCUCGAUCAGUUGACCUUUCGGCUUGAAAGUUACCAGCGCGAACAAGCAGCGAUGAAAUUCCAGAUAAACCGCUUGGAAAGGGUCAUGCAAAUUUUCAUGGAACAAGUGAAACCGGAUGAAAACUCCAAACGUCACUCAUUGUGGACUGGAUCUACACCCCUGUUGCAUUCGCUGUCGAAAAUGAACAGUUCAACCACGUUCCCAACCAGUCCACAAAGCAUAACCAACUGUAACAGUCUAACGGAGGAUGUGAACAUGUACCGUACAAAACACGACUUAAAUUUCUGCACUCCAAGUAUCCCGCUGCCCUCUACCACUGUAUUUACAGAAACCGCAACGAAUGCAAUACCCGACAGAUGGUAUUCCAACUAUCCGCCGACCGGUCGUAGUGACGCAGCAGUCGUUGGAUUGACACGUCCUUUUGGUGGAAGUUUUGUCAAUCCUUAUCUCUUUUGGCAUCAAUGGAUGUUAGGCUUGUUCGGCGCAACAUCAAACUCGUCUGGUGAUAGCACCAGCACCAACUGCACCAUUACAACGGUAGCAAGUGCAACGGGCAAAUCAGCGGCGAUAUCUUCAACCGCGGAAUCCAAACACAACUCUGGCAGCUGUUCGGUGUCGGCUGCAGCCUUUAACCGACUACAGGAAACACACAUGAACCAAUGUCGGGUAAGUGCGGGCAAGUUGGACAGCGUUCCUCACAAAAUAGCCAACUUGAAAGAGUGCGGCCAGAUGAGUCAGCUUAGCAGAAUUUUCAUUGGCAAAUCGGCUAUGGCCGUUUAA